UAGGAAACAAGUUGAAGGGUGUGGAUCUGGAGGCCCCAGGAAACAUCAAUGGAGUCCCAGUAGUGGAGGUGGACAUGGAGACGUUCGAGGAGAAACCCUGGAGGAAACCAGGUGCUGACCUGUCUGACUACUUUAACUAUGGGUUCAACGAGGACACGUGGAAGGGCUACUGUGACAAACAGAAGAGGCUGAGGAUGGGCCUGGAGGUCGUCAACAUCUCCUCCACCACCAGCAAAAUCACUGUUCAGCAGGGCAGGACGGGGAAUGAGAAGGAAGUGAGUUUACCCAUCCACACGUCCAAACCUGACUUCCCCACUCCAGCCAGCCUCUACAAGUCAUCCAUGAAUAUGAACACUACCAGGAUCUCCCCCCCACAGUGGACUGCUCCCCCCGUCCAGGACAUGUCCUACUAUACGAAGACCAGUGGUACGAUCGACGUGAUUGGAGGAGGGACCGCUACCAUCAGCAGAGUGGAGGGACGACGAAGACACAACCUGGAGGGAAACAACAUCCAGGUGAUUUCGGAACACUCGUCGUCGGACGCUGAGCAAAACUCCAACAAGAUGCCCCCCUUCUUCCCCCCCGGGCCCCUCCCCCCAAACAUCCCUCCUCCCCCAUUCCUUCCCCCUCCUCCCAACGUCAGCCAGGCUCCCCCUCUCAUCCCCCCACCAAGAAUACCUAUGAAUGUCCCUCCUCCUGGUAAGAACAAUACUCCCAACUAUACUCACUAUUACUACACCAACUACACAAUGACAUUCAUGAUGUAGGAAAGACUGAAGAGUUCCACAUAUUGGUAUACUAUACAGGUUUUAUCU